AUGACACAAGACACUAGAGGGGUUGCGUCGUUCAACGAGAGCUUCAAAGUCACUGAUAAUGUCGCGCUGGUGGUACCUGAGACUGGUACUCAGGUUACUUACCGUGACUUAUCACAUAUGACCGGUCACUUUCAAACUCUUUUUCAGUCUCCAGACUCCCCUUUGUACAAAUUGAUUGGAAGACAAUCUGCGAUUGCCAUCUCGAUGGCGAACGGGCUGGAGUUUGUCACAGCAUUCCUGGGUAUUACCACUGAUUCGAAGAUAGCCGCGCCUUUAAAUCCCAAUUACAAAGCCGAGGAGCUCAACUUUUAUCUCAAUGACCUAAAGACCAAAGUCAUAUGCGUUCCACAAGGAACAGUUCAGGCAGGCUCAAAUGCAGAAAUCCUGAAGUCGGCGUCCAAGUUUGGGUGUUUCAUCGUGGAGUUGUACUUCGACAAAGAGAGAUUUCGUGUGGAGUACGAUGUUUACUCGCCACAGGAGAGCUACAAGAGAAAGGUGUACUCUUCAAUUAAUCAUGCCGUGUUCCACAAUCACAGCGACAAAUUUCCCGGUUUUGCUCGCUCCUCGGACGUCGCGCUCAUCUUGCACACCAGUGGCACAACUUCUGCCCCCAAAACCGUGCCCUUACUUCAUCUAAACAUUGCCAGAAGUAUGCGUAACAUCGCUGCUACCUACAAGCUGUCACCUGCGGAUCGCUCUUACGUGGUCAUGCCCCUAUUUCAUGUGCACGGCUUAAUCGGAGUGCUUCUGUCCACUUUCUGGGCGCAAGGCUCGGUUGUUGUGCCCCCACGGUUCAGCGUCAAGAAGUUUUGGAAUGACUUUAUCACGUGGAAUUGCAACUGGUUUAGUUGCGUACCAACGAUCAGCAUGAUUAUGCUCAACUCCCCUAAACCCAACCCACUCCCUCAUAUUCGCUUCAUAAGAUCCUGUUCGUCUGCACUUGCGCCAUCAACAUUUGCUAAGUUGGAAAGCGAGUUCCAGGCCCCUGUUCUGGAAGCUUACGCCAUGACCGAAGCGUCGCACCAAAUGACAUCCAACAACCUCCCACCUGGAAAGAGGAAGCCUGGCACUGUUGGUCAACCACAAGGUGUAGAGGUCUUCAUUCUUGACGACAAAGACAAUGUCCUGCCUCAAGGGCAGCAAGGAGAAGUCUCGAUCCGGGGUGAGAAUGUGACGCUAGGAUAUGCGCACAAUGAGAAAGCUAACCGCGAGAAUUUCACCAAGCGCGAAAACUAUUUCCGCACCGGUGAUCAGGGUUAUUUCGACCCAGAGGGAUUCUUGGUGCUCACCGGCCGUAUUAAGGAGCUAAUUAACCGCGGUGGUGAGAAAAUAUCUCCUAUUGAGCUGGACGGCGUUAUGCUGUCACACCCCAAGGUUGAUGAGGCCGUGGCCUUCGGUGUUUCAGAUGAAAAGUACGGACAAAUAGUCAAUGCUGCUGUGGUACUCAAGCUUGGGCAGAAACUUGACUACAAAGAGCUUACCGACUACAUGCGCAGUAAAGUUGCAUCUUUCAAAGUUCCUACCAAGAUCUUCUUUGUGGACAAGCUGCCCAAGACUGCCACAGGCAAGAUUCAACGUCGCAUAAUCGCCGAAGUGUUUGCUGGGAAGAGCAAACUAUAA